AUGAAGCUACAAACCAGCUGUUCAUUUGAGAAUGUGGUGAAGGAAGAAGGGAUCGUAGCAUGGAUAAAAAAUGUUCAUUUUAACUAA